CGGUUAGCUCUCCACAGGUGUGUGUCGGUUGAUCCUUACCUGCAUGAGAUGGUUGUCCGUUAACGGAAGACAGCGAUGACCGAACUGACAGAGAACACACUUCUUCACGGAGCCGCGGAGCCGGAAGAGGCGGUAACGGCGGUAACGGCGGCCGGUAAAGACCAAACUGCUCUCACCGAGGUUUUUAAAAGCACGCUGAACAUUUCACAGGUUGUUGGACCGACUGCAGCCACAGAGGAGACAGACAGCAGGGAGAGACAGGAACAGGAAGACAGACAGCAUGAUGGACAGACAGACAGACAGCAUGAUGGACAGACCGACAGACAGACAGACAGACAGCAGGACGGACAGAUGCUCUCUCCACCUACAGAGUCAAAGUGGGCGGUGGGGGCUCAGUGUCGGGCCGUGUGGUCAGAGGACGGGCAGGUGUACCGGGCGAAGGUUCUGUCUGUGGACGGAGGACGCUGCAGAGUCCGGUUCUGUGGCUAUGGCAACGAGGAGGAAGUGGAACUGAGCGCGCUCAGAAGUCCAGAAGCUCUGCAGACACACAGACACACCUCUCAGGACUGGAGACCUGGUUCUCGGUGCCGGGCCGAGUACUCCGAGGACGGUCUGGUUUAUCCGGCGGUGGUUCUGUGGGUCAAAGGUCAACGCUGCCGCGUUCGCUACGAUGACUACAACAACGAGGAGGAGCAGGAGGUCGACAGCCUGCUGAACCCAGACGAGCUGCUCGGACCCUGCAGGACCACCGGAGACCAGGGCAACAGCUGGAGGAGGAGGGGGGAGAACCAGGAGAGAGGAGCAGAGAGGAGGUCAGUGAGGAGAGAUGAUCAGCACAGCUCCUCCUGGCAGGUGAAACCCAGCAGUCAGAGUAAAGUUGAGAAUGAAGAUAAGAAGACAGGAGCAGAGAAACCAACCAAUCACAGCUCUUCUUUCUUCCCUCCGUUUUCUCCUCCUCCUCAGUCGAGCACAGGGGACCCCAUGUCCUUUAUCCCUCCUCCUCCUCCUCCUCCUCUCUGGGCUUUUGGUGGGAAAGAGUCCGCCGUCAGCGCCACCUCCAGCAUGUUGAUGCUGUGGUACAUGUGUGGCUUCCACACCGGCAGCUACAUGGCUCAGCAGGAGUUCAAGUCAAGCUCCAAAGACUGAGCCAGAGAGCAUUAUGGGACGAGGGGAAACUGGACGUCUUUCAUUUACAGUUUUGUACUUUUAUUUAUUCUAGACUCAUUUUAUUUGCUAAAUGUUUUGCUGGUUCAGGUUGUUCCCUUUGAGUUCCCUUUGAGUUCCCUUUGAGUUCAGGUUGUGAAUGUUUCGGUUGAGAGGUUCAGUGUCACUCUGUAAAUCUCUGAACUCUGCUGUUAGAAAAUGAAAUGGAAAUAUUAAAAGAAAGAUGAUCACUUUA